UACGUGUUCUACUCGUAUCGGUACGGGACGUCGACGGCGAGGUGGUUCGCCGACAUGAACUACUUGGUUCAUGCCUUCAUGUACACGUACUUCACGUUCAUCGCGAUCGGGUACAGGGGACUUCGCCGGGUCGCGUUCGGCAUCACCGUCCUCCAGAUCCUCCAGAUGUUCAUGGGGAUCUUCGUGAAUUUCUACGCCGUGUACGCGAAGGUCGCGGGAUACGCCUGCCAGGUCCCGAGCCAGAAUCUCUUCUGGGCCAGCGCCAUGUAUGCGUCCUAUUUCUUCCUCUUCGUCCAGUUCUUCGUCUCCUCCUACAUCAAGAAGACUCACAAGGCGGACGCGAGGGCCAAGAUGGUCAAGAUGGUCUCCGCCAAUGGCUUUCACGACGUGAAGUCGACGCCUAAGACUUACGACUUCACGGGCAGCAAAUUGAAAGAUGAUCACAUCGAUUAG